AUGGCUUCAAAUGUCGUGGUUUUACUUCCCAAUGGUAAAAAACAAACUGUAAAGACGACACCUAUGAUGCCGUUGAAACAGAUUGUCAACGUUGUUUGUGAAAAGCAAGGAUACAAGGACUCAGAGAGUUAUGGGUUAAAGAUAAACAAAAAAACACUCGAUCUAGGACUUGCUAUAAGAUUUGCCAAUCUUGCGCCAGGCGCCAAAUUAGACUUUGUUAAAGUUUCUGCACCAAAAGUCCAUAAAGAUGUUCAGAUUGCUUUACAAUUAGAUGAUGGUGGAAGGAUGAUUGAUAAAUUUCUAACAACAACGUCUAUUUGGGAUAUACUACUACAUUUUGAAAAAAAGUCUGAUAAUGGGUCUUUAAACCUUACGAGACGAACUGCGCCUGCACCCAAAAAAAAGGGAGUCUCGUUAAAAAAAUUGAUUAAUAAAUCAAGCGAUGUACAAUUUUAUCUACAACCUGUGUGUUUAAUAUUAAAUCAAGAAUAUGGAACCAUUGUGUCAUUGAAAUCCACAACUUUACAAUCUGCUGGAAUCACAUCAGGAAAUGCUGUAUUACGCCUUCUAUUUAGACAGACUGAAUUAACACUAAAUGAUGUUUUAAGGGAUAUUUUAGAGUCAGUUAAAGCACCUAUAGAAAUAUCAUCAGAAAUUGUGUCUGCCAAAACUGUUGAUGAACAACCAAAGGUGCAAACUAAUGCUGUACCGGUACUUGAUGAACAACCAAAGGUACAAGCUGAUGCUGUACCGAUACUUGAUGAACAACCAAAGGUACAAACUGAUGCUGUACCUAUACUUGACAAACAAUCAAAGGUUCCAACUGAUACUGUGAAUACUCCUGAUGAACAACCAAAGAAACAGAUUGAUACUAUGAAAACCCUUGACGAACAGUCAAAUAUGCAAAUUGAUAUUGUGAAUACUCCUGAUGAACAACCAAAGAAACUGAUUGAUACUGUGAAUACUCCUGAUGAACAACCAAAGAAACUGAUUGAUACUAUGAAAACCCUUGACGAACAGUUGAAUAUGCAAAUUGAUACUGUGAAUACUCCUGAUGAACAACCAAAGAAACAGAUUGAUACUAUGAGUACCCUUGACGAACAGUCAAAUAUGCAAAUUGAUACUGUGAAUACAGUUGAUGAACAGUCUGAGAUGCAAAUUGAUGCUCAAAAUGAUGAUUCUGUGACAAAAAUAGAAUCUAUUUCAAAUAUAUCAUCAUCUGAUAUACAAAUGGAAGAAACAAAAUUGGAACAUCCCGUUGAAGAGAAAGAAUUAAAUGAAAUACAAUUAAUAAAAGAUGAUGUAUCAGAAACGAAUAAAUCGUCAAUUUCGUCAGUUACUAUAGAUGAAGGACAUUUUGAUCGUGAUAUAAAAGUAUUUAACCCACCACCAGAAAAUGCUGUGAUGUCAAAUACAAUUGACCUUCCGGAUUCUUUCUAUGAGUUAACUACCGCUGAACUGAGAUAUUUAUUAGCAAAACAAGCCAAUAAACAUAAAAGGGAAGAGAAUGCGGGAUUUAAGACUAGUGCUAUACGAGCUAAAGAAGAGAAAGAAAGGGAACGCAAUUUCCAAUUGCAAAUUGCCUUUUUAUCUAAGGAACAUGUCGCAGAUUUAUAUGAAUUUGUUAAGAGUGCGUUACGAACUCCCGAUCGUAAAUUCGAAUUGUACAUUAGUCCACCUAAAAAGACCCUUUCGGAUAAGGGCCUUACUUUAUAUCAAGCCGGAUUGGCACCUGCUUCAUUAGUAUAUUGUAUUUGGACAGAUAAAUUAUCUGGGAGUGAUGUUGAUCCCUAUUUAUCUGACGAAUAUCUAAAACUUAGAGAGGAUAUUCCAAAUAUCACAAUAAGUGAAAGUGUCUCUACAUCAUUCGUUUCAGACAAUUUAUCAGUAAGGAUAAACGAUGUAGUACGUAAGCAUCAGAAUGAUUCACCUAAAAGUCACGAUAGGAAAGAACACGUUGAAAGUUCCAGCAGCAAUAAAUCAAAGUUUCCAAAAUGGUUCAAAAAACCAAAAUAA